GUGCUCCGAGACUACGCGCGGGAAAGCGCGCGUUUCGCUAAAUUCGGAAUUUGAAUUUGAAAGGACUGCGCGGGUGAAUGAUUGAUUUUCCUUUUUUUUUUUAAUUUGCAUGAGUGACAAAGGUGUGGUGAAUUAUUUCGUGUAAACAUGGAUAAUGGCGACGAUAUGCCAGUGCGUGGGGGUGCAGGGAAGUCGCUGGUGGGAGCUAUUGAUGAUGGGACCAAGACCGUCCGGUUUGUUAUAUACGAAGCCGAAAGGUCCGAAGAGCUGGCGGCCCACCAACUGGACAAAACUGAAAUACAGCCCCAGGAAGGUUGGUGCGAACAGGAUCCAAUGGAAAUUAUACAUCACAUAAGGGUCUGCGCUGAGAAUGCUAUUGAUCAGCUGACUGAAUUAGGUUACUCGAAAGAAGAUAUAGUUACAUUAGGCAUAACAAAUCAAAGAGAGACGACAAUAGCUUGGGAUAAGUUCACUGGCGAACCUCUGCAUCCAGCUAUAGCAUGGCACGACAUACGAACAGACAGCACCGUGGACGCCAUCCUGGCGAAAGUUCCGGACCGUAACAAGAACUAUUUGAAGAACAUCAGCGGCCUGCCGAUCAGUCCGUACUUCAGCGCUCUGAAGAUGCGCUGGCUGAAGGACAACGUGAAGGCGGUGAGACGGGCGAGCCGGGACAAACGGUUGCUCUUUGGGACGGUCGAUUCGUGGAUAAUUUGGAAUUUAACAGGAGGUCCCCACGGCGGUCUGCACAUAACGGACGUAACAAACGCAUCAAGGACGCUGCUUAUGAAUUUGGAGACCCUCAACUGGGACCCCAUGUUGUGUAGACUGUUCGGCGUACAUAGAGAUUCGUUGCCACAAAUAAGGAGCAGCUCGGAAAUCUAUGGCAUAGUGAAAGAUGGUUCAAUCUUGGAUGGGAUUCGGAUAUCUGGGGUACUAGGCAAUCAGCAAGCGGCGCUAGUGGGCCAAAAUUGUCUGCAGGCCGGACAAGCCAAGAACACAUACAGAAGUGGAUGCUUUCUGCUAUACAAUACGGGCACGAGGAGGGUACAGUCCACGCACGGGUUGUUGACCACUGUCGCGUAUAGGCUGGGACCGCAUGCGCCGCCUGUUUACGCUUUGGAAGGUUCCAUAGCGGUAGCCGGGGGCGCGAUGAAGUUCCUCCGGGACAACCUGCGGCUGAUACAGGACGUGUCCCGGGACACGGAGCACAUAGCCGGCCAGGUGUUCUCCACCGGCGACGUGUACUUUGUGCCCGCGCUCAGCGGCCUCUACGCGCCCUACUGGAGGAAGGACGCUAGAGGAAUUAUAUGCGGUUUAACAGCUUUCACAACGAAAAAUCACAUCAUACGAGCCGCGUUGGAGGCGGUCUGCUUUCAGACUAGGGAUAUAUUAGAAGCAAUGAACAAGGAUUGCGGCAUGCCGCUGUCGAAGCUGAGUGUGGACGGGAAGAUGACGUCCAACGAUCUGCUGAUGCAGCUGCAAGCCGACCUCAUCGGUAUACCCGUGUUGCGUGCCCACACGUGGGACAUGUCCGCGCUGGGCGUGGCCAUCAUGGCGGGCCACUCGGUCGGUGUGUGGAGCUGCGACAAGUGGAAGCACCACAACACUGUGACGGACACCUUCCUGCCGACCACCACUGAUGAUGAUCGCGACGCAAGGUACACAAAAUGGAAAAUGGCGGUGCAGCGCUCGCUCGGGUGGGCGACAACGAAGAAAUCCAUCGCUAUGACAGGUCAGAAAAGAAAAAAUAGCACCAUACAAAGUAUUGACACUAUAUCCCCGCCUUCCAGCCGUAAAGCCUCCGUGGACACGGCCGUAGACAAGUCCGCAGAGGACGGCAUAGACGAAAUCAUCCAACAAUCGGCAAGAAAGUUCUCGAUUUUCGUCCCAUUAAAGUCGCCCAAAGACGAACACACGAUAUUAGAUGACGCGGAGUAUUUCAUGAACAAGAAGGAAUGCGAUUACGGCGCCUGUCAGUGUUGCCAGGAUAAGAGAAAAUUGCAAACGGAUUGGACGACGAUAGAGGAAAUUAUUGAGAAUGACCCAGAAAUUAUAUUCGAUAGCGACGAUAAUCCGAUCGUCAUUGAACCGAAACGCGAACUGCACAUGGACUCCGGCAUCUUGAAACUGAAAAGUCGACUGCAUUUUGACAGAUUGCCCGCCAUUUUUAAAAACAUAGUCAGCAAACUGUCACCUACGUCAAUGACGUGAUGAUUUUUUUUUUUAUUUCCAAGAGGCUAAUGCGCUUAAGACAAUGUUGCUAGUAUUUUUUUUUUAUUUAUUUUUAGUCAUGAAAUUUUUGUCCAUGUAAACUAGUACUUAACCAUAAUAUAAGACUGGUACUAACUCGAGUUAAAUAAAAGUAUUAUUUUGCGAA